AUGAAGGACUUCGAGGAGUUUCCUGUCGUACAACGCCUUAAAGGCCGGAAUCAUUGUCUUGGUGACAAAGACUGUGUAGCGAAGGUGGUCUUCCACGGAAAUUAUGCAAUCGGUACUUUAGACAAGUGUGAAGGAAAGUCCCAUAAGGUUGCAGCUUCAAGUGCAGACAUUACAAAACAACCACGGUAUAACUGUCAGGGUCAAGGUUAUUCAAAGGUCAAUCAGAAGAAAAACCUGACAGAACAGGCCAAUAGGAGAACAGUGGGUAGAAAUGCUGAAAAUUUACAUGCAAUAUCUUACAACAAAAGAGAGAGACAGGGGGACAGGAAGAAUAUAAGUAAAAUGAAGAAAACUGACACUGUGUCUGCAUUAUGCUCAGACAACAAUAAGAUUUGCCAGGAAAAAGGCAAAGAGGAUAAACCUGAAAAGUUUGAGGAAGAGAACAGGGAAAGUGAAAGGAAGAAAAUGAAAGUAGAUCCUAGCGGCCAAUGUAGCCACUCAGCCAGGAAAGCAGGAGAAAAGUAUGAGUAUAAAUCAAAGAGUGUAGUCCAUGCAGGGGAAGAAAAGAAAGACAGAGAAAAAAGAGACAAAUCUGAGAUAGACAGAAAAAACAAAGAAAGGCAGAUCAAAAUGAGGUUGAAUGGAAGAAAAGAGACAUCUCCCAAAGAAUUGUUGUGUGACCCAGUGGAGAAGAUGGCCAGAUACUGUGAAUAUUUGGAACCAAAGAACUGGACAACCAAAAGAGAUAGCCAUGCCAAAGAUGACAACAGAUUCAAAGAGAAUUUGGAAAAAAGUUUGAAAUCAGAGAAGGGCACCAGCUUUAAUGACUUAGAGAACCAGCAAAAGGAAUCCAAUAUGAACACACCAAAGAACUCAAUUCAAGAAAAGCAACUGACACAUGGCACGAGUCAGCAAAUUCACCAGCUCCACAGGCAAAAGAGUGCUGAGGAACACAUGGGAGAUCUAGGAAACCUGGUGGGGGAUCUAAACUCUUUGUGGGGCCUUGCGUCCUUAACUUCUCCAAGUUACAUAACCUUUUCACCUGAAAAGUUGUUCAUUAAAGGCAGAUUUAAUGAAUGCAAAGCAAAAUCAGAUGAAGAAAAUCAAAUUUCAAAAGACACAGAGUACAAGACCAAAGAAGGAUUAAAUCUGGAUAAGGAAGUUGGCUUUAAAGAGGACUUGGUCCCCGAGAAAGGGGAGAAGGAAACUAAGUAUGACAAAAACAUCAUCAAGCACCCUAAUGACCUUCAGAAAGAGAUAUCUGACCUUGAGAAGGACAUCGAACAAAAUGAAAAAAUUUUCCGAGAAAUUCAGGAAUGCAUCAAUGGCCUUGAAUUUAAGUGGUCUCUAUGGACACCAGAAAUCGUAGAAGAAAUGCUACAAGUAUGCACUGUAUAUCAGCGUACAUCCACAGCACUGAAUGCAUGCAAGAAAAGAAGACCUGAGGAAAAAGAACACAAGCGUCACAUUCACAAAGCAGCUUUAAGCAGGCUCCCUACAUCUGAUCAGAGAAGAAAGGGAGAUAAAUUAUUCAGCUCAGACCCUAGCGACAGUGAUGGCAGGGGACAUAACUCUUACAGAGGCAGGAAAUCCAAUGGAGAGGAUCUUAGUGAGAAAGAAAAUAGAAAUCAUGAUGAUGAGAAAGAUAGAGACGAGAAGGAGGAUCCUCCCCUGAACAGAAAAGGACCGACACAGGAGCUGUAUGCACGAUCAAGGGAAGAAACUCCAAAGAAGAUGGCAAUAGAUCCUAACUACAAGUAUCGUAGAAAACACGGCCAGCUUCGAGAUGGACUGAGACCAUUGUCAGAUUUUCUGGGACAUUUACUUCAUAUUGACCAGGAUAUUCCUCCAGAUUUAAUGGCAGAGGUGAAGGGCUUUAUUGAGGAUGUUAAUCCCUGUCUCGUGCUUUGUUUGAAAAAACAGACAGAAAAUGACCUUGAACUUUGUGAAAUAUGUACCUGCUUGAUGGCCUUGACCACUCACUUUGGCAACUGUAACAGCGAAGUCUUGAGAUGUAACCUUUGCACUCAACUUUUCCGACUCGUACAACAACAUGUGCUUCUUUGUCGAGAAAAUGACAGCAGUGCCACAUGUCCUGUGCUUGUCUGUCGAAAAAUUUCAUUUUUGAUUGAUGAAAAUCCACUAUUGAUCUUCACCAAAGAGGGCAAAAUUUGGAGGAAAUUGAAGAAGUAUAUGGGAGGGUACAUUCAGAAUAGAAAAGAGAAAACAGACACCAAAGUAGAGGAUGUUGGAGAUACAUUAUUCUCAAUGACUAGCUUGACCAGUAUAAAUCCAUUCGGCUUCCAGAGCUUAGGUACUCCAGUUAAUCCUCCCACUGUGCAGAAAGUUCCGCGUCCUAGCACUCAGUACAUGCCCUCACUGACAAUAAUUCCUGAGGACCAAGACAGGAGCCUGAAUGUACCAGACAACCAUGAGCCUCCCGCUCCCUCCAGAGUGUCCAGUUCUGAGCCCAUUGUGAAGAAACGAGAUGAUGGAACCAUUGAGUUUCUAAAACCAAGUUUUCGUCCUAAGAUAAAACCAAGGAAACCUCUGCUCAAAUUCGGAUCCGCGGGGAAGCUACCAGUACAUCCACCAUCUCCCAUGGUUACAGGGCCCCCACCUUCAUUUACUAUACCCAAAAAUGAGCCACUCAGGUCCCCCACAGGGGGGAAACCGAUCCGAAAAGUUUCCUUCAAAAUGGAAAGGCAACUUUUUGGUAAAUUUCGUGAUGUAGAACCAGAUGCCUUCCCAGAAGCCACCAGUUCUGUUCCGACGCCCGUGGAGAGUGAAGAUACCUCGGAAUCAGAGUCUCAGUCAUCCAUACCAUCCGAACCGUCAUCUCUGGAAAAAAUAUACGGCUUCCAGCUCAAGAGCAUCCGAGAAGGAAGUCAGCGCUGGCAUAUGGAGGAUCCUCAGUUUCUGUCUUUGAAAGAAAAACCUACUGGAUUCCCUGGAAUAGGGGAGGUGGUGUAUGGAUACAGAGAUGUUUUACUUGACCUCAUUAAAUACUGGGAGGAGCUUAGAUUGCAGUAUAAAGAGUUUGGAAGACUGCUACAAAAGAGUGUCAAGGAGGAAGGAGUUAUCUACCCUGACUGUAAAAAAAAGCUGAUGAUCAUGGGACACAGAUACCAGAAAGAUUUCCAGUGGGUUCGACUGACGCACCUUGGACGUGGAAUGUUUGGGAACUGUCACCUGGCUAGCGAUUACAAUACCGACUACCAGUUCUGUAUUAAAAAGAUCCACAUCUCCAAGUACCGAGAGGACGAAAUAAAGAUCUGGUCUGACUUAGAUCAUCCUAACAUUGUAAAGUUCCAUGGAGCACUUCGACGAAAGGAGAAAAUCUACAUUAUUUCUGAAUUCAUUCCUGGAGGUAACCUCACUGAAGUCAUAAACUCCCAGAGGACCUUGAUGAGACGUCUGAGUCAGAGAAAUGCUUUACGGCUUUUUAAUCAGCUUUUAAAAGUCCUGAUAUACCUUGAAAAGAAGUCUGUUAUUCAUGAAGACAUCAAAUCUGACAAUAUUCUCUUGAGAGAAGAUGGCAAAGAAAUAGUAGUGGCAGACUUUGGGGUCGCUAGGAGGCAGACUUCAAAAGUUUCCAAUCUCGUAGGCACACCCUCCCACUUCAGUCCAGAGAAAGCAAAGUGCAGUGGGCAUAAUUUUAAAUCUGACCUCUGGGCAGCCAUGUGUGUCCUUGUUCAUAUUUUGAGUGGGCAUCCCCCAUGGGUGAAGCGGUAUCCAAACGCAACAGCCAUACAUUUCCUGAUCGCUACCAAGGAAGCACCCGUAGAAGACAUUCCGAAGAACAUACACCAUGAGUUACAGGACCUGAUAAAAAGUGGGCUAGAGAAACAACCCCAAAAUCGACCAUCUGCCAAAGAACUGCUGCAGCAUCAGGCAUUCCAACUUAUAAAUGAAGGGGCAGACAAUCUGUACUCAGUUCUCAAUUCUGGGAGCUUGACUGAUGAUGACACGCGUCUGCCAUCAAACACGCUGACGGGACCAACACGAGAGAUACUAGAGGAAGUGGAAGAAAGCCUGAACAAUCCUAAUGAAAUGUUUAAAGAUCGCGUGGUCAUUAGAGAAGAUAUUACAGAUAUUUUGGGCAAGACCAACAAAAUGGAAGAUACUGCUGCAGCCAAGGUGCAAAGUGAAAAAAAAUUGAAAAAUGAACUUCCUUCAGACAAUGUAGACUUUAGAUUUCCAGGGAGUAUGAUGGUCAGAGAGAAAGAAAACCCAAACAUUUAUUCCAAGCUGCAAGAGUUAGUCCUAGACGUUGGUUCAAAAGACUCAACAAGUGGCGGAAAUCAUUUUAUUGAAAGCUUGAAGAAGUCCAUCUCAGCCACUCCUGAGGAAAUCUACAAAGAAAGCAUGAAAGAUCCUGAGGACUUGCUGAUGCAAUACCUUUAUGAUGACUUCAGUCAUUUAACUCCCAUAGACACGAACCUAACAGUUCUUCCUCUUUAUUUGGCCGGGGAGGCAGACAUGAACCACGAGAGCAGUACCAAAGAACCUCCAGAGGAUGAUAAACUAAAUAUUUCUGGAAGCUUUUAUAACAAUUUGCCAAUUUUUUUGUUAAAGGAUGAUGAGCAAAAAGAUGUGGAUGAUGAUGAAGAAUCCGAAAUAGAUAGGCUUCAUGCAAGGGCCUUGAAUGAGCAGCUUUCAAAAACAAGCAGCACCAGUGAUCUUUUGGGAGUGGGAUCCCAGAGUUCCCAAAUCAAUAGUGGUAGUCACGGGAGCAGUGAAUUCAACCAGGACCACAUCAUCCAGACCCUAAUGGAGGAGCCUGAAAAUGCAAUUGGGGCAGGGGGGAGCAGUUCAAGAAGUCGAUCGGGGUCAACAAGGAGUGAUGGGACCAGCAGGAAAUCAAGUCAUUCUUCUAGCUCAGCCAUUAGUGAAUCAGUGUUAAAUCUUUUAAGUAAGCCUCCAGAUGGUGUCAAUGACAGCCACAACAACAGUAAUGCAACAGUUGGAGGAAACCUUCCAAAUUCCAUCUUGUUUGACUUUGAGAGCUCUACUUCUAAAUCCAAAUCAAGUGAAAGGUACUAUACCCCAAAGGAAAAUAUUUCAGGGGAAGAUGAAGCGAAAGAGGAAGAAACAGGGACCAAUGAUUUGCCUCAGAAGACAAGAGAUGAAGAGGGACAACAAAUUCCUUCAGAUUUGAUAGAAGGAAAUCAGGCUGCAGGAGACACAGUGACAAAAUCAGCAUCCAAAAUGAUACCCAUUCCAUUUGGAAGAGAAAGUACUGGAACUCCUCCAUUAAGCACCAUGUGGGAGGAAUGGAGUAAGGAUGCAGGUAUUACAGAAGAUGACCUUUUUGCUAGUGAUGAGCCAUCAAACGGCAAAUCUGGGGACCUUACGAGCAAAUCUGAAGGGUCCUUGAAAGGCAAUUCCAGUUUAAAUUUAAGUGGACAAGAGUUUAGUGGACCCCAAAGUGAAUUAGUGGCUCAAGAACCAAUAAGACCAUUUAAAAUAGCUAAGGACCCAGAUGACCCCAGUAAGCAAGAAGUAGUCGUGGACCCGGAUCCUAGUAAAGCUCUCCCCACUCCUGUCAAUUUCAAGAGAGAAACUCCCAAGCUGAAUCUGCAGAUUCAAAAUCCAUCAAAACCAAGAGACAGUUCAAAGCGACUCUCCAACCCAGAUAUGAAAAUGCCUUACAGUCCACUGACUCCCCAGAAGUAUUACACUCCACAAAUAACUCAGAGAAAGCCCCCUUUUUCACUUACAACUCCAACAUCCGGGUACUAUACCUCAACCCCAGACAGCAUCCUUAGAGGGGCCUUCCCUUCCCCACGGUCAGCUUCUCCCAGAAGCCAAAAGGAACAAGAUGAAGAAUAUGAGAAGCUGGUCAGAGAUUUGUCAGUUCACAGUGGGGAACCUUUACAUGAAUUGGACGAACCAACAUAUAAUAGGACGGAGCUACAAUCAUCUUUGACCGAGGAAGAGGAGUUCGAGUACAGCCUUAAGUUUGUCAUUGAUAAUUAUGUCACCGCAGAGACAAAUGAUAAAAGCAUCAAAGUGGAAAUUCUGAAGUUGGACGGAGAACCGUUUACAACAAAGUUGUCAUAUGAGUACAGUACCCGGUCGUGGAAAAAUUUUGUAGAGGAAAACUUUUCAAGGAUAAAGACAAGUGGAGUUGAAAUGCUAACUCUGUGUUUUAUGGAUAACAGAGUGCUGGAUCUACAGGAGAAACCUAUAGAUUGUCACCAGGACUACAGGGUGUCCCUAAAAGUGGUGGAAGUAACUGAACACGGUCGUGACAACUUAGCCUGGUACUGUCAGAAUGGAAUCUGCAGAAGUGGAGGAGGAAUCCCCGUCUAAAUAUAGACUAGAAAUUCCUGUCUGAAAAUAGAUGAAAUACCUGACUAAAAAAUAGAUUUGAAUUUGAUGUAAAAAUCAAUUUUAAUGAUUUUUUUUCUAUCUGUUUUAUUGUUUAGUGAUAAAAAUCUUCCCAAAGAAAAAAGAUCAUUACUGGUUAUGGGCCCAAUAUACAUUUAAUAUCCUUUUUGUAUCAAUUGUUUUUAGCUCUACUGGACCAUAUGCAUUAGGAAGGUCUUUCAUCUGUCUGUCUUCCCAUCUGUAAACAAUUUUAUAGAACUUUACUCCUAGAGCUACAGUCUUGUCAGAGACUUCUGGUCCUGAAUUAUUAUUUUCUACUAGGAUAUAUUAAUGCAGUCAUUUUGUAAGGAUAGAUUUGACGUUGAACUACUUGUCCUUGCUGAUUUGUUGUGUUUCUAAUGAAAUCAUUCAGAAUGAUUGGAUUGAUGUAAAGAAAAACACCAUUACUGCUAACUAUUCCCUUUAGCUUUAAAUGAUAUAUAACAAAUGUAGAAUUGUUUGUCCCUGGCACUUUACUAAAAGCAUGUUUGAAUGUAUUCAUUAUGUACUUUACAUUCAUGUAUAAUUCAGUAUUUUCUAUGUGUGUUUACAAAGUUUUUGGUCAACUUUUUUGUGACUUGCUUUAUAUUUUCAACUAAAAAUAGAAUUUCAUAUGUCAUAGUGAUAUUCAUACAUACAUACAGUCAAGACUCAUUAAUCAAAAUGCUUGUCUUCCAUAGUAAUCACUCUAAUUAAUUAGACAUCCAUAAUGCUGAGAUAUUCGUUAUAUAAUUGGUAGAUAUAAAUGUAAACAAAGUCAUCCAGAUAAUUGGUGUCCUGAUAAAUGAGGUUUGACUGUAUGUACAUUUAUAAUUAUGGACAACCAGUGGUUCAAAAGAAAUUUGCCAGAUUUGACUGUAAGACAACAACAUUUUAAACAAUUAAAUUUACUGAAAAGGAGUUGAAGUUUAGAUCAUUUUAGGCAAGAUUUUGGAAUACACAACAUCUGGAUAAGACAAGUUUCAGUUUGUGUGUAUAUAUAUAUGAGCAAUAAAUUGAAUAGGUUUAUAAUGUUACGUUACAUGUACAGUGCAUAUUGGUCAACUGUUGUAGAUUCUUUUCUUCACAAAAUAGCCAAUGUGGCUAACUCAUAACUAAAGAGUUUGAAUUUUUUUUAAAUGAUUUAAAAAAAAAAAUGUGGCUAAAUGGUUAAUACCAAAACAAAUUCUGCUUUAUUAUUUUCUUGCCUUAUGUGACUAUGCACUUUAAAAUCAUAUAUUUGUGCCAUAUUUCAGUUUUUUUUU